GGCGGAGCCAGGACACGGAAUAACAAGAUGACAAGUGACUUGCUGCCGCUGUGUGAAACGUGUUGGAGAUUCUGCCAUAAAUUAAACAUUUACUGCCCUGUCACCACACCAACACUGAUCUCAUCAUGGGCCAGCUGUUCUCUUCAGAAGAGGACGUUUCUCAAGUGAAGGCUGUGAUUGGCUCCAUCCUUUACGAUGCCAUGGUGGAAGGUGAUGCGGUGCCUGACCUCAGAGUGGUCCAUCCUCUGAUCCUGGCCAGUCAUGAAGAGAGCAUGGUCUCCCAGGGCCGCCUCCAGCAGCAACUGCAGCAGUUGCAGAGAAACAUUGGGAGUCGUGCGCCUUCCUACCUGAAGGAUCUGAUUGGUCGACUGUCAUCCUUCUCGGAUGAGCCGCGCCUGGCAGGUCUGGUGGGAUUAGUGGUCACUAUGGUGAUGGAUUUGGCCUACACAUCAUCCAAACAGUCAUCAGGAGUGAAAGGGCGGUCAGCGGGUUCAUCGUCAUGCCAGCAAAGAGUCUGGGAGCUUCAGGAGGUGAUGGAGGAGUACUUGAAGCGCUGCAGGAUUAACCUGAGCGAUAAGAACAGGCUCAUCCAGGACUUCUCAAGACUUGAGGCCCAGUUCAGCCUCAUCCUCACCCAGCUGAAGAUCUGUCUUCUUGGGGGAGACUGUGAGUCCAGGUCUCUGAGACACUGGGCCAGCGGAGCCAUUUUUCACGUGCAGAUGUUGUUUCAUCUGUCUCAUCUUGAGGACAAGGCUGAGCCGUUCUCUGCAAAAGCAGCUCUGCAGCAGUACAAGGAAGAUCUUACGCAGAUCCUAGCUGCCUACAGGCGCUAUAAGUCUGAUACAGUGUGUGUUGUGAAAUGCCGUGGGAGUAUCCUGGGAAAUUCUGACCCGUCCAGUGAGGAAGGCACCAUGACGGGACUCACGGUGACAGACAGAGACACAGGAAAGAGCGUGACAAUCCCUCUCUCCCACAUGGAGGCAGAGAUAGAGAGAAGAAGACAUGUUUCUGGAGCUGAUAACGCCCCUAAAGCAGUGUCCCCCCCAGUCAGCCUGGACCUCAUUACCUCGGAUCAGUACACUCAGGCGUACCUGGGCCAGCUGUUCUCUGAUAAGGGGCCCGUGGCAGAGCUGGAAAACUGUUUCAUCGAGGCCGGGGAGAAACUGGGAAUAGAGAGAAACAAACUGGGGUGUAAAAACAAGAUGGAUGUGAGAGGUAUCACUGAACAAAGAGGAGGAGUGGAUCACUCAGACACAGCAGAGGGAAGACAUGAAGAGCAAGGAGCGGACACGACGGAAACGAGAGGAGAAGAGACGGCGGGAUCCGGUCAAACGGAUGCAAGUUUGAAGCUGAGUAUCGUUGAGACGCAGACGGAGGAAAAUCAUGAAAAUGCAAGAUAUCAGUCCUCCACUGAAGAGAAAUAAAAAACUAGCUUUUGAAAAAAAAAGCUAGUUUUGAAAAGCUAGUUUUUGCACCUUUUCUUUUGGUAAUUUAUUCAGAGAUAAAAAGUUUUAACUUAUUUGUUCACAUACAGUAGCAAUGUACCUUGAGCAGCGGCCGCCAGAACUGAAAGUUGAGGCUACGAUGCUUACGUGGACAACACUUAUCUAAUUUUUGACCUUAAUUGAAAUAAAAAAGUAUUCCAUUGAAGGCUUA